UUUUACGAAUUCGAGGUUGUGGGGUUGUUCAUUAUGACCUACGUAGUCACCCUUCAGACAGACAAAAUUACACCAUAAUGAAUAACCUUAUGUAUGUCCUUUUGACCGCCAGAAAUUUAAUUAUUUACAUUUAAUGUCUCGCAAAACAAAGCCAUACAAUACGUAUUAAAUAAUAAUUACUUUCUCCAGACAUGAGGAAACAAUCACUUUAUUAACACAACGAAACCACUCAUCGAUUGUAAUAAAAACAAAAGCCAAUGUGCGAAAAACCAACUGUGGAUUCUUAGAUACCUGUACAAGUACAGCUUACAUACUUUAAACGUAACCAUUUUCAUUUGACCCUUUAAAUGCUACUAGAAAACCCCUAUACAUUAGAAAGUUUUAUAUGGCGCGGGCGAGGACGGGGGUCUUAUCAGGAUGGCCGAGUUUGCGUACAGUGUUUUUGAGCAUGCGCGUACCGUAAGUUUUCAGUUGAGACCUUGGUCGUACACUCGCGUGUCGCGUCCUUAUAGAAAAAAAAAUCGAGCGCCGAUUUCAAUUUAAAUAAAGAACGCAGUGUUUUUUAAAGUGGAAAUAAUAGUGGCCAGUUUUUUUGUAGUGUUGUUUUUUUAAAAUUUUGUCGUUUUGCGUUGUAGUACGCUAGGUAGUAACACGUGUUGAUUGGAAAUGUGAUUUUUUUUAAAUGUCCGACGGCCCUAGCAGACUGCCCUCUCUCUCGGGGUCAAAAUGCAAACCGAACGAAAUGUGGGCAGCUAUGACGAGAUCUAUUGAGAUCUUGGUGGCAUUCUUCGAGUACUAUGCACAGAGAGCGCAGCUUGAGACAACAUCGACCAGCAGCCCCGGCGCCAAGUCCCCGGCGGGCAGCAGCGCCGGCGCCGCCGCCGGCGCGUCCACCGCGCCCGGGGAGCGCACGCCGACUGCGCAUAACAAAGCGCUGCAAAAUGUCAAGGGACAGGACCACCCGCCGCAUCCCAGCAUGGCGUUCCUCCAGAACCGGUCCAUCUCCCUGGUGGACAUGUACAUCGACAACAGCGAGCCGAGCGAGAACGUCGGCCAGAUACAUUUCUCGCUGGAGUACGAUUUCCAGAAUACGACGCUUAUAUUGAGGAUCAUUCAGGGCAAGGAGCUACCUGCAAAAGAUCUAAGCGGCACUUCGGACCCUUACGUCCGAGUGACGCUACUCCCAGACAAGAAACAUCGGCUGGAAACCAAGAUCAAGCGGCGAACUCUCAACCCGCGGUGGAAUGAGACCUUCUACUUUGAAGGCUUUCCUAUACAGAAGCUGCAAAGUCGGGUUCUGCAUCUUCACGUAUUCGACUACGAUCGCUUCUCCAGGGAUGACUCCAUUGGAGAAGUGUUCCUGCCGCUUUGUCAGGUGGACUUAAGCGAGAAGCCAUCCUUCUGGAAGGCUCUGAAGCCUCCAGCGAAGGACAAAUGCGGCGAGCUGCUGACCUCACUGUGCUACCAUCCCAGCAAUUCGGUGCUCACGCUGACGCUGCUGAAGGCGAGGAACUUGAAGGCCAAGGAUAUUAACGGGAAAUCAGAUCCGUACGUGAAAGUGUGGCUCCAGUUCGGCGACAAGCGCAUCGAGAAACGCAAGACGGCCAUUUUCAAAUGCACGCUUAACCCCGUUUUUAAUGACGCCUUUUCCUUCAACGUGCCGUGGGAGAAGAUCCGUGAAUGCUCGCUCGAUGUCCAGGUCAUGGACUUCGAUAAUAUUGGGAGGAAUGAGCUCAUCGGGCGGAUACUUUUGGCCGGUAAAAACGGCUCCGGCGCCACAGAAACCAAGCACUGGCAGGACAUGAUCACUAAACCUCGGCAGACCAUCGUGCAGUGGCACCGCCUGAAGCCGGAAUAAGUUGUUAAUGUAACAGUCGUCGGCAGGACUCCUGAACUAUUGCAAUACACGCGUAUUUAGCUUUAGUCUUGAACCUUGCAGGAUGAAAGCUUUUCGGAUAAUAAGCAUGUCUCAAAUCUACAUGUCUGAUGAAAGCUACUGUCUCGGGUGAUAUGACUUUCAGUUUUAAGUCUAAAGCCCGGUUUCCACCGCGAGCGGAGCGGACUCAUUAAUGACUUAGUUUAACUCGCAAGAGUAAACUACGUACUUGUAUUUCAACCAAGAAAGAGCGGAAAUGACAAAGCGAGCAAAAAUAGUUGAAAUGAACUCGCUCAGUUCUUGAGAGCGGAGCGGUGUCAUUUCGGAGCUCGUUCAACUCGCAAUGGUACAUUUAUAUAGGAGCGUUUCUACAGAGAAAGAGGUGAGGGACUCGCUAGUCACACGAGUUAAAAUAGGUCCGCUGCGUCAAGGUCCGGCCGACUAGUUCGAAAAGGACUAUCGAUUUUCAUUUUCUAUUUCUCAUAUUCCGCUCAGCCGGCUCCGCUCGUUCCUCUUUUUCAUUUCUCUUUUGCGGUGGGAAUCAAACAACCAAACUCUUUGUUGGUGGAAACGCAAACCUACUUUAUAAAAAAAACCGGCCAAGUGCGAGUCGGAAUCACACACGAAGGGUUCCAUACCAUUAACUAUAAAAACGGCCACCCGUCCAAGUACUGACCCCGCCCGACGUUGCUUAACUUCGGUCAAAAAUCACGUUUGUUGUAUGGGAGACCCACUUAAAUCUCUAUAUUAUUCUGUUUUUAGUAUUUGUUGUUAUAGCGGCAACCGAAAUACAUCAUCUGUGAUUUCAGCAGUCUAGCUAUCACAGAUCACGAGAUACAGCCUUGUGACAGACGGACAGACAGACAGCGGAGUCUUAGUAAUAGGGUCCCGUUUUUACCCUUUGGGUACGGAACCCUAAAAACUAGGUCCGCUCAGCUUAGCCAUUUCUUGCUCAUUUCUCGUUCGCGGUGGAAACCGGGCUUAAUUUAGUGUGAUGACACUGAUGACUGUAUGAAAGCUACUAGGUGAGCGUUUUUUUGCCAUUUUUGUGACCUUUUUUUGCCACUUUUGUGUUAUUUCUAGUCGGAAUCACGAGCCCUUUUCAUCCUUAUAGGAGAAAAAGUGUCCCAAAAAUUUCAUACAUAAUUUAAACUUUCCUUUUUGUUACCGCCAUACAAAGUAUAUGGGGAAAUGGUAACACAAUAGGAAAAAACCUUGGGACAUUUUUUAUCCCAUUAGGAUCGAAAGAGCUCGUGAUUCUGAGUAUAAAUAAUACAAAAUUUAAGAAAAAAAAUACAAAUGUAAUGAGUGGCAUUUUUUUAAAGAAACUCUCAGGUAUAUUUCGGCCCGUGUGACUGAGUUUUAAGUCUUAAAUCUACAUCAGUCUGAUGACUGCAUGAAAGCUUUUAUGUUGAAUGACAAAAUACACGAAUCAAGCCUCAUCAUUAAAUCAUCCUCUUUAAAGUCCUAAAAAUGCUGAAUAAGAAAAAAUACGAAAAGAUGAUGUUAUAGGGUGGUAAUUUAUGCCGUUUACCUAAUACGAGUAUAUAAGUGUGCCCUAUAAAAGGUUAAUUCUCAGCCCGUAUGAUCAAUUGUCUUAAUUCCUAAAUCUUAGAGACAGAGAUGACAGUUAUGUUAAAAUUGUACUCAAACCCGAUAAGUCGUAAAAAUUCUUUCAAGGGUUACGUCAAGAUAAUACGCGUGUAUUGAAUCUGAAUCUAAGUAAAGAAGUGCAUGUUAAGUCAUUCGUAGUAAGUGUGAGUGUCAACACACAAAGUGAUUGUAUUAAAUGCAGUAACUUGUAUUUAAAAAGUAAGUCAUUCAUCCUGUCAUUGUUAGUUAUUAAUAGCUAUUACUUUACAGACGAGUUAGAUGUUUAAAAAGGUUAUCCUAACACUUAAUAUUUCAAAAAAUAUUAAAUUAAUAUUAUCGUAGACAAAUAUUAAGGAAUCAGUUACGUUUUGUCCAUCUAAUAUUGCUUGAACGUUUUAAAAAAUAUAGGUAACUGAUUUAUCAACGUAGAGGAAAAAUACGACGACUUUGCCCAUAGAGGUAACGUACGUAGGGCAAAGUUAAAAAUAUUACAAUAGGUCGUGUGUUUAGAGAAAUAUGAUAGAAUCAUGAUUUUUUUAAUAGAUGAUUUAUUUUAGUUCAGGGAUCUUGUCGGCAAUGAAAAUAAAACGUCAUAAGACUGAGCGGUUAAAGGUUUAACGGUAAAACCCGUUCUGAAAUCUAUCUCACUUGACGCUGUGCACGACUUUUUUCUUUGAAAAAUAUGUCUUCAUCGUUUUGUCGCAUUGAUAUUUUGUAUUUUCGGUAUUCGUCGUUCAUUUAGAAGUUUUAAUGAAAAAGUAUGGAAUAGGACUAAUACUGAAAAUGUAGAAAACAAAAGCGAAUGAUUAUGGUAACACUAAAGUUUGUAUCUGUCAAUGUUUUAAAAAAACUUUAUUUAAUUUAAAUUUUAUCGCACAGUAAUCUUUAAAGUAACUUAGAAUUAGUUUUAACUCAGCUCGAGUAUUUCUUUUCAUACAAAAUGUUUGUAUGAAAAUUUCAUUAAGCUUAAAAGUUGAAUCAAUGUUAAGAUUUGAAUAAAUUGUUAGAGGUAUAAAAUAAUUGUUAAAAUGUAGAAAAUAUAUGGAAAAUGUCGAGUUCGCAUCGCACAAAGAAAAAAGUAGUUUUUAUUUUAUAUUUGCGCGAAUGAAUACAAUUUAUGUUACAAUAUUAUUUUAUUUAGCCUGAUCUAAUUUUAACAUUGCCCAAAAAUUUCAGAGAAAUGUUUCAAGGGACGAAAAGUUUUAAAAGUCAAUAUUACUGGCAAAAUUUAAUGAAAAAAAUUAAAAGAUUGUAUUUAGAUACUGCCAAAGCAUUACCGAAAAUAAAAAAAAUUGCCAUAUUUUAGAAUUGGUUGUUAUUGUUGGGUGAAAAUAAUAGUAAUAAUCGUUUUUUAGCAUUCAAAAAAAGGUAAACAAUCUUGACGUGUCUUUUUAUUGAAAAACCCUUUAAAAAAAUAGUUUAUAUUACUUAUGAAAGCAAAAGAAUAUAAAAGAUCGUAUAUGAUUUAUUAUUGUAAUAUAUUUGCUGCGACUUAUUUUUCAAAAGUGAUUUUUAAUAAAAAGACGUCAAGAUCGCUUAUCUUCAUUCUAAUGCAAAAAAAAAAACGAACUAUAGUCGAAGAAAAACAAGACAAAAUCAGGGUAUACCUUGUAUGUCUUCUAGAAAUAAAUUAAAUGAGUGCUCGUUAUUCGUUUGACAUAGCAUUUCAUUAUGACCGUUUUGUUAUCGGUGAAUAAUAAUUUUAUCAACUAAAAUUAUGUUUUGAUAACUGAAAUUCUAAAUUAAUUAAUAGAAUUGUAACAAAUAGGAUGAACGUGUCAUGGUUGGUCAAUUUUAGGUGAGUGUAAAAGUAAUGAUAAAUGGCAAAGUGGACAGAAAUAAAAAAAUAAAUGGUCAAUGUGAAUUGAUUAUUUU